AUGUAUGUAUACACGAAAAAGGAUUUAAUUACAUUUUUCUUUGGAUCAUUUGCAGGAUUAGCCUUGAGUUAUGCUUUAAUUGAAAGAAGAAAGUUAUUAGAAUAUUUGAAUUAUGGAAUUAAGAGGUUAAAGAAAGUAAAAAUAAAAAAUAAAAAAAGCCCUGCAAACACUAUCCCAGAAGAAUGUCCAGGUGUUGAUAGUGAAAAUGCAGGAAAGUCUAAAAUAUGUGAAGGUUGUCCCAAUAGGAAUAUAUGCAAUGAUCCCGAAUUGAAGAAAGAAAAAGAAAAAGAAAAAAAUCGAAUUUUCAAUGAUGUGAAAGAAAACUUAAAAAAUGUCAAGUGUAAAAUUUUGAUAUUAUCUGGUAAAGGUGGUGUAGGAAAGUCUACUGUUGCUGCUCAAAUUGCUUUUGCAUUAUCUUAUUUAAAUUAUGAUGUUGGAUUAUUAGAUAUUGAUAUAUGUGGACCUUCUAUUCCCAUUUUAACAAAAACAGUAAAUAGUGAUGUGAAUUACAGCAUGAAUGGAUGGAUACCAAUUUAUAAAAAUAAUUUAUCUAUCAUGUCUGUUGGUUACUUAUUACCGAACUUUGAUGACCCUGUAAUAUGGAGAGGCCCCAAAAAAAAUGGUUUAAUUAAACAAUUUUUGUGUGAUGUUUACUGGAAGAAUUUAGACUUUUUAAUUAUUGAUACUCCACCAGGAACUAGUGAUGAACAUUUGACUAUUUGUUCUUACUUAAAAGAAAAUUUAGAUGGUUGUUUGAUUGUUACAACCCCUCAUAUUCUCUCUAUAUGUGAUGUUAAGAAGGAAAUAGAAUUCUGUAAAAAAACUAAUAUUCCAAUUCUAGGUAUUGUAGAAAAUAUGUAUCAAUCUAUUUUUAUAUCAAACUACACAGUUGAAAAUAUGUGUUCAGAAAUGAAUGUGCCAUAUUCAGGAAGAGUAACUUUUCAUCCAAAUCUCAUUGAGGCAUGCCAAAAAGGUUUAGGUUGCUGUGAUUUGGAUCCAUUUAGUUCAUCAUCUAAAGAAAUAUUUUUUUUAUGCAAGUUUUUUAUUGAAAAAAUUCUCAAAAAAUGCACACAACAGUUAAAUGAAAAUAAUGAAAACUCUUCAUUAAAGGAAAACAAAGAAGAGAAAAAAUGCAAUGAUGACGAAAUAUCAAAUAAAUUUAAUACUUCAAGUUGUAUGAAGGAAAAUUUACCAAAAGUUCAAAUGUUAAAUGAAUUAUUAAAUGAAAUCAAUUUAUGUAUUGAAGAAAAAGAUAAGUAA